GCACACUCCCGUCUGUGGCGAAAGGGCGGCGGUGGUUUGAAGCCGAGAAAGAGAGAGAUGAGGAGGAAUAUGUCGGUGUGAGGACGUGUUUUUUUGGUGUUCACGACAGCGAAACUCACAUCGCCAGGUGUGUCUCCUCAGCUUACUUCUCACCUUUCCCACCACUGUCGAGGUAGCCAUGGCGACCAGCGCCCUGCCAAGUGACAACCUGCCAACGUACAAGCUGGUGGUGGUGGGGGAUGGUGGUGUUGGGAAGAGUGCCCUCACCAUUCAAUUCUUCCAGAAGAUCUUUGUGCCAGACUACGAUCCUACGAUAGAGGACUCAUAUCUCAAGCACACAGAGAUCGAUGGACAGUGGGCAAUACUGGAUGUGCUGGACACAGCCGGCCAGGAGGAGUUCAGUGCAAUGAGGGAGCAGUACAUGAGGACGGGAGACGGCUUCCUCAUUGUCUUCUCUGUGACGGACAAGGCCAGCUUUGAACACGUUGACCGUUUCCAUCAACUCAUACUACGGGUCAAAGACAGGGAGGCCUUCCCCAUGGUGUUGGUGGCAAAUAAAGUGGACUUGGUCCAUCUGAGAAAGGUCACCUCUGACCAGGGCCAAGAGAUGGCUGCAAAACACAACAUAACUUAUAUUGAAACCAGUGCCAAGGAUCCUCCAAUGAAUGUGGACAAAGCCUUCCAUGAGCUGGUUCGUGUCAUAAGACAACAGGUGCCAGAGCGAAACCAGAAGAAGAAAAAGAAGAUGAAAUGGAGGGCAGAACGUUCAGCGGGUUCCCACAGGUUCCACUGCACCAUAUUGUGACCUCCCCUUGUCCUGUUAAUCAUUCAUAACAUACACACACCCACACGCACACCCACAUACCUUUGGAUGUCAGGGAACUCCCCAGCAGUGGUUAACUACUGGAGCACAAAAGGGAAGGGGAGGGGGGUCGAUGAACGGCUGGAUGGAUCCAGGAAAUGUCGGACCGAUGUCCCCUCACCCUUCGCAACGCAUGGGAACGAGUUCUGUGCCCUCUCUCCUCAAUUUAUGGUCCCUUUCAAAGGUCUAUAGAUCCCUCCCAUCUCUAUUUAACACAUGGUUUCUCAAUCAAGUGUAAUUUUUGAAUUUCAAACGUGGCACUCGAUGACUUUGAGGGGGGAAAACUAGAAUCACCUUGAUAUUGGAACUUUUGAGAAAGGGAGGAAAAGGGAGGCUCCGAAUGGCGCCUUGUUUUUUUUCACGGAGGAACUCCCAACAACCUGCUGGUCAUUGUGUCCUCACACUCCUACAACUUUCUGGAACGAAAGCACCCGUGUGACCUUUAGAUGUGUAUCUGCGUUCUCUCUUUGUAGAGCGAACACCAUAAGGGCAUGAUGGAUGAAUAUGAGAGUGAUGACGGUCAUUUAGGUCGUGAAAAUAGAAGAGUUACGUGUUGAAGAGCGGAGUUCUGCGAGCAGAGCGUGAAAUGUCAGUUUCAGAGAGGACGGAAGGACGUGUCGGAGCGAGCGAGAAACGUGAUGCUGAGAAAAUGUGUCAUAUCAGUUGACAGGUGAGUGCGAGGGUCAUAUCGGCUUUGAAUAAGUGUUUAUAUAUUGUGAUUGUGAAAGAGAGGUCAGAUGUAUGUGGUUACACUUUAAUGUAAACAUAACAGGGUUCUACCAACACUGAUGUGUCAGCGGCCAUGUUUACAGACUUACAAAUGGAUUAUUUUCCCAAUCAUAAAGACACAGUAUAUCAGAGCCACUUUACUUUCAUCAAGUGUUAAAACAAGUUUGGUUUGUUUGGUUGCAGUCAUUGUCAAUAUGAUGAGUGCAGUCCUCAUCAGUACUGUAUGAACAAUAGCCCUUUUUUUUUGUCUUUGUAGUCUUAACAGAUUGUCAAAACAAGUUAAUUUCCAUGUUUUGGUAUCAAAAAA